AUAAAUGAGAAUUUAUUCUUUGUAUCGCUUCCGAAGAGUGGCUUACCCGAGCGGGGCAUCUUUCCAACCAAAAUAUUUUAGAGUCCCGUACAGUCUUUACGUUACCUCUGCAUUAGAUGAUUCAUGGAUUAUUACGGUCCGUGUUGAUUGUUAGAAACUGUGCCUUGUGAAACGAACGAUGCAAAAAGAUCAAUGAAUUGAUGGCCUUAUUGUAGCGACGUUAAUUAAACAGACUGGCGUUUAUUUGCAUGCUAGGGAACGCCUGUAGUAAUCACCUAGGUUUCAAUUGAGCUGACAGAUACACCAACAAAACAACGAAUUCUUCAAAGCCCACCGUGUGCCUUUUCAUCUUUGCUCUAAAAGUACAAUUUGAAUGCAGGGAGAACUGCAAAACAAAAAAAUAACGUAAAACUUACAAACAAAAUACAGAACCAACGAGCACACCAACGAAACUAUUGACCGAGUAGAUGAAUUACUCCUUUUUUCGACUGUCCUGGUCGUGUAAUGUGAAAAAAGAGUACAGAUAGAAAAGAAGAAAAAGAAAAGAAAAACUGCUUUGCUAAGCCGACGGAAAGUGAGCUGCUCAUCGAAGAAAGAUUCAAGCUCUAGUCGGACGUAAUCAUCGAAACAGGGGCGAAAGCUAGAAAAGACCGUAGAGGUUGCUAGCAUUUUGUGAAGCGGUAAGAGCUGAGCAUCAUCAUAGAUUAACCAUUCUGUUCAUCGCAAUCCGUAAAACAACCGUAGAAGAACAAUGCUGAAGUUUAUACGUGGAAAAGGCCAACAACCUUCGACGGAACGGCAGAAACUGCAGAAGGAACUGUUUGCAUUUCGUAGGACGGCUCAACAUGGCUUCCCGCACAAACCUUCCGCAUUGGCGUACGAUCCAAAAAGCAAGCUGAUGGCCAUCGGCACCAAUAGUGGUGUCAUUAAAGUGUUCGGCCGUCCGGGCGUUGAAUUCUAUGGCCAGCAUACUUCACCCAGCAACAACCCGGCCGAUUUAAUUGUGCAGAUGCUUGAAUGGAUCCCGGGUACGGGCCGGCUACUGUCGUUAACUGCCUCCAACCAGCUGGUUCUGUGGGAACCAGCUGGCACGUUGCUAGUUGCGAUCAAAAACUUGGCAUUUGAUGGCAAGCUCAAGAAGAUUUCCUCGCUCUGUUGCUCUUAUAUGAAGGAUACGGUGUGGAUCGGUACAGAAGGUGGGAACGUAUAUCAAUUCGACGUGCGCAAUUUCAGCGUGAAAGAAUCCGUCAUCUAUCACGACGUGGUACUGGAACAACUACCCACGUCCUACCGAUUGAACCCAGGUGCGAUAGAGUCGGUAAAGCAGUUGCCCAACAAUCAUAACCUGCUGUUGAUUGCGUACAAUCGUGGCCUUGCUGUGCUGUGGGACCUUGAGACUGCCAGCGUAAAGCAGUCAUUCAUAUCGCCUGGCCAUGGGCAAAGUGUGGGACUGUUCAUCGCUCAGGACGCGACGCAGUUUACAUGGUAUCAUGCAGAUGGAUCGUUCGCUACCUGGGACUUGGACAGUCCGAUACCACCGGAGAAUCAGAAGUACGUCCCGUACGGUCCAGAUCCUUGCAAGGCAAUCGAUCGAUUGAUUCGCGGACACCGUGGGCGUUGUGAGCUGGUCGUCUUUUCCGGCGGCAUGCCCCGAUCGGCAUACGGCGAACAUCAAUGCGUGUCGGUACACUGCAAAGACGGCACCAAAGUGGCUUUCGAUUUUACAUCGAAAGUAAUCGAUUUCUUUGUAACGUUCAAUGACGUCCGACCGGAACAGGCGGAAGUGUUGGUAGUGUUGCUGGAAGAGGAGUUGGUUGCGUACGAUUUGACAGACGAAACACUGCCGCAAAUUAACGCGCCGUAUUUACACUCACUGCACGCUUCUGCCGUGACCUGUAAUCAUCUAGUAUCGCAAGUUUCACCGGAAGUGUACGCCAAGAUUAAAUAUGCUGGAGAGCAGCAGAUGGCCGAGUAUAGUUGCAAAAUUUGGCCCAUUACCGGUGGCAUUGUACCCAACGAAUCCGUGGAUGACGAAGAGCAGCCGAUGGAACGGGACGUGCUGAUAACCGGACAUGAAGAUGGGUCGGUGAAAUUUUGGGACUGCUCAGACGUUUGCCUGACUCCGCUGUUGCACGUCAAAACGGCUCCACUCUUCAACAACAGUGACGAUUUCGAGAGCAAUCUAAACGCAUCAACUGAACAGCUAGACGAUGGUGAACCGCCGUUCCGAAAGGCGGGCCAGUUCGACCCUUACUCGGAUGAUCCACGAUUGGCGGUAAAGAAGGUGCAGCUGUGUCCGCAGACAGGUACACUAGUUAUAGCUGGCACAGCUGGUAACGUGGUAAUGGCCAACUUUGAAGCAUCGCCUCAAGUGGCUGAAGAAACACAGUCAAAUGGACCAUUGAAAAUGACCACCAUGAAUCUGGUGAGCGAUCGUGACGGAUUCGUCUGGAAGGGCCACGACCAGCUGAAGGUAAAACGCCAACUGCUGGAAGAAAAUUCUCCCAUCAUCGAAGGGGUCAACUUUCUGGGCGUACUGCAAGUAUUGCCGCCCGCCGCUAUUACAUGCAUUGCUAUGCAGAGUAAAUGGUCUCUGGUUGCUGCCGGAACAGCUCACGGACUCGUUUUGUUUGAUUAUCAAAACCAAGCUCCUGUGCUGCACAAGUGUACUCUUAAUCCAAACGAUCUUACUGGCGCCGGUGAAACACUGUCUCGUCGGAAAUCUUUCAAAAAGACAUUGCGUGAAUCUUUUCGGCGGCUUCGUAAGGGUCGUUCAACGAGAAACAAUCCAAACGCUGGAGCUGCCGGAGCUGGCGGUCAACAUCAGCAAUCUGCAGCUGAAACGCGUCCAGUGGAACGUCAGAUCGAGGCCCGUCCCGUCGACGACGGAAUGGGUUCGAUGGUGCGAUGUUUAACUUUCGCACAAACGUUUAUUACCAACCAGAAUGUGUACAUUCCGACACUUUGGUCUGGCACAAAUUCCAGCACCGUAUCGGUGUUUGUGUUAAAUCUUCCGCCCAAACAGCCGGCUGCAACAGCACCUGCGGGCGAGAAUGGUGCGGAUGAGUCGACACAAACUGCGACCGCCACACCGCGAGGACCUCCAGUAACGGGAAAGCUGGGAAAGGAGAUUCAAAUGAAGCACCGUGCACCGAUCAUUGGAAUUGCAGUUGUUGACAGUAAUGGAGUUCCAUUAGAAUUCCAGAACGUACCCGGACCAGCGCCGCAUCGUGUGCUAAUCGCAUCCGAGGAGCAGUUCAAAAUCUUUUCGCUACCGCAACUGAAACCUGUCAACAAGUACAAGCUGACCGCACACGAAGGAGCUCGUGUGCGUCGCAUAGCUUUUGCUACGUUUAUGUGCACUGUGCCGACUUCUUCGUUAGUGAAUUCCAGCCCGCCAAAGGCUCUGGUCAAACCGGCAUCACCUGCUGCACCUGCUCAACAGACUGCAGAUCCUCCGUCAACUGCUGCAGACAACAAUACAUCAACCACAGCGGUGAACGAGAACAAUACGUCGAUUGUAGGUUCUGACGUGACAACGCAUUACGAAAUAAGUUUGCUUUGUCUCACCAAUUUGGGCGACUGUCUCGUACUGACUGUUCCUGAGCUUCGUCGGCAGCUUAAUUCGGCUGCAGUGCGUCGUGAAGAUAUCAACGGAAUAUCAUCGCUCUGCUUCACAAGCCACGGCGAGGCAUUGUACAUGAUGUCAUCCUCAGAGGUACAGCGGAUCAGUCUGUCAGCUACGAAAAUAGUUGCGCCGAAUGGUAUGAUCGAUGUUGAGGAUUGGUCCGCCCCGAUUGAUGGUGCAUCAACCGAAGAAGACAACGAGCAGCAAGACCACCAGGCGCAAGAAAACAUGAAGGCCGAGGCUGCUUCGCAGCAAGAGCCUGAUGAUAACGCGUCCGGGUCCGUGGCUGCGGCUAAAAGUGAACAAUCAGUUUCACGCGAAAAGGUCUCCGGAAGCGCGACAUUGCUCACAAAUGGCGCAUCCAAUCCGAGAUUGAGCAACGGCGUCGCUAGUGGUGACGAAGCUUCGCCGAACAAGGCUAACGAAACGAUUACCAGCUCGAUCGGCGACAUCACGAUUGAUUCCGUACGAGAUCAUCUGAAUUCCACAACAACGACUCUUUGUUCCACCACGACCGAGGAAAUAGUCGGUCGACUGUCUGUCUUAAGCACCCACACGACUCAAUCAUCAUCAACAGCCAAGAACAGUGAAAUACUGAGCAUGAAUUCAUCGAACAUCGGCAGCCUGAAAGGAAUCGGCGAAACAACGGAGAAAACGUCAAAUUCGGCAAUCAUCAAAUCGAUUAUCACUACCGUAAAGCAUGGCUCGAACGCGACCAAUGGCGAGGCAAAGGAAUCAAACAAAACAUCAACAAUCACAACUACCACAACAAGUACGUCCGUCAACGGCAACGAUUCAGUACCACCGCCACUUCCGACGACAGCACCGCCUCUCAUAACGGUGGUCAGAAAAGAGAGUCAAUUCUAACAGCUCUCGAAACUUAAACGCGCAAUUCUUUCCCUCCAUCCUCUCACCCGGUUGUUUGUGAAAGUACUAUGACGAAUGGCUUACGUUAUUUCACGAAUAAGCAGAGACAUGUUUUUGUUGUGUACUAAUGUAAUAGUAUUUCGAAGGGGCUGUUAUAAGAGCUGAGCGCUUUGAGUAGCUACACUCGACACACAAAGUAUUAGAUAACUACUUAUCAUGUGUAACUAAACCGAUGACAAGUUUGCUUUAAACGGAAGACAGUAAGCAGCAGCAGAUCGCGUGAGAAUAUGCACGAAAUCACAGAAGAAGAAGAUGUCACCAACUUUGCCUUUCCGCGCAUUGUGGAUCAUACGACAGCAAAACAAAAGAAACAGCUUAAGCAGAAGGUAACCACGUGUCUAAUAGCCCGAUUGAACUUUGUAAUAGAUAGCCAUAGAAAUACUAUCCUUUGCUUAAGGCCAAUGUGUGUACGGAUAGAAAACUCCGAAGCAUUUUUUUAGAGUUUACAUUCAAGAUAAGUUUUAACAUCGUCGAACGUGUUUUUCGCGUAUACACACGGUAUGUAUAACCGUUCAGAACAUAGAUGAGCCAAACGAUCAUUUUAGAUCCAAUGUCUUAAAAAUUAUUGAAGUUGAUUAGAAUUUCCAAAUGCAUAUGCACAAGAAUACUUCAACUAAUUUGCCCUUGCUGGAGAAAAGGAACAGGCAACUUUAUGAUUUUUAAUGUCCCUUUUUGGAGUAUAUAUGAGGAAAGAAUGUGGAGCGAAGAACGCCUUAGUAAAAGUGGAAGUAAAUGAUAGAUUUCUUAGCAACAAUAAUAAUAAUAAUAAUAGUGAAGAUAUCUUAUAUUUUUUCUUAGUGGUAACGUUCCAUCAUGCCAACCUGUUGAUACCGACACAUAACGGAUUUUUUACAACCGUUGUAUUUUCGACAACGUUUCUUCCCAACGGUAUAAAUUACUGCACACACGUGUUCCGUCUUCGGUUCAAUACGAUUGAUGUUAUUGUUGCAUACGAAGUAAAACAAGCUAUUCGGAAUAGAGCACUAUUAAAUGCAUAUGUGGUAUGGAUAAAAACAAUAUUUUUUUACUAUGUCUGUUAAAUUGCUAGCGAAAGCAGAGAGAACGCAGCAUUUUAAAUCUUGCAGUUGGUUAAAUAUUCUAUUUUAAACAAAAAUAUUAUAUGAAUGAUUGAAUUAUAUAAAUGUAUCUUUUUUUAGUUUUAAGCCAACCAGUACAUUUACGAAAAGAAUAACAUUUGUCUAUUUAACCGCACAGAGAGAUGCGAA